CUCACAAAAUCACUUCAGUUCACUAUCAAUAUAAAGCACAAGUGCUAUUACUAACCAUCAGUAUGGAUGUCUUCUCUCAUUACUCAUAUGAAGAAUUAAUGUUGGCUUCGAGCAAUCCGAAGAAGCGGGCAGGUCGGAAGAAGUUUCGAGAGACCCGACACCCGGUUUACCGUGGAGUUCGGAUGAGGAAUUCAGGCAAGUGGGUAUGCGAAGUGAGGGAGCCCAAUAAGAAGACCCGGAUUUGGCUCGGUACCUUCCCCACAGCAGAAAUGGCAGCGCGUGCACACGACGUGGCAGCACUUGCUUUAAGAGGCCGUUCUGCCUGCCUCAACUUCGCGGACUCUUCGUGGCGGCUGCCUGUGCCGGUUUCUGGAGAUGCGAAGGACAUACAGAAGGCGGCGGCACAGGCCGCGGAGUCGUUUCGGCCAGCGGAGGUAUACGUCGUUUCCAGGGAAGAUAUGAAGAAGGAGAAUUCUGCGGAGGCGAUGUUUUAUAUGGACGAGGAGGCGGUUUUCGGGAUGCCGAGUUUGUUGGCGAAUAUGGCAGAAGGAAUGCUGCUGAGUCCACCCCACUGCGUUGGAGACUGGAAUAGUGGUGAUGACGUGGAAAAUGAUGCUGACAUGUCAUUGUGGAGUUAUUCAAUAUAAUUUUGAUUCGGUCCAAUACAUACACAUGCGAGUUAAUGUGUAGAUACUAACUAGAUAGCAUGGCUAGUACAAAAUAUCUUUUUAUGAUUAGAAUCUCAAACGAGACCGUACUUGAUAUUAUUGGGGCAGUACGGGCGAUACUAUUGGAGAAUAUUGAAGGGCAAAAGGGUAAUAUCAAAUUUUUGUGGGUGUUAUUGUUAA